CGCGCGUGUAUCCGGCAGCAGCAUUUUCAUGUGUUCGUAAAGAUUUCAGUCAGACAAGAGAUAAGGAAAGUAAAAACACACCUUUGACUUGAAUGGACCGUUGAACACGUCUGGAUUACAUAUUUGGUAACACCUUUGGAAGCCUGCGCCUGCUCACUUUUACAUUUGGGGGCAUUCAGAGUGGUCCAGAUGUUAAUCCACACCUAUUCGGCCAUGGACCGCGCAGACGGACUAAGCGGAUCUUCGCCGAGUGGGCGCCUCUCCCAGCUGUCCUCCCUGAACCAGGCCGCCUACUCCUCUGCUCCCCCGCUCUGCCACACUCCGGCCUCUGACUUCCAGCCUCCGUACUUCCCUCCACCCUAUCCCCAGUCCUCCCUGCCAUACUCCCAGAGUCAGGACUCAGCGUACUCCCACUUGUCAGACCCCUACCCCUCCAUCAACUCCAUCCAUCAGCAUCAACAAGCAGCAUGGCACUCGCAGAGGUCACGCUCCGAGGAGGGGGGACUUCUGUCACAGUCGCACCGGGCUCUGGGCCUCGACCCCCGACGGGAGUAUCCAGCUGUCCCUCGGCUGCUGCACGGUCUCGGUGAAGGUGCGGCCGCUCUCGGGGACGGUCCUCUCGGGAUGCACCUGGGACACCACGGCCUGGAGGAUCUUCAGGGAAUGGAGGAAGGAUCAGCCUUGGGCAUCCACCACUCUGUCAUUAAAAAAGUUCCUAUCCCGUCCAAGCUGAACGGCUCGUCCCUCUCAGCUUUGUCCAUUGGUAAGGAGGGUCUUGGUAUGGGAGCUGUGUCCAACCCGGCUGAGGUCUUCUGUUCGGUCCCGGGUCGCCUCUCGCUGCUCAGCUCCACCUCCAAAUACAAGGUGACGGUCGGGGAGGUGCAGCGACGCCUCUCCCCACCUGAAUGCCUCAACGCUUCCCUGCUGGGUGGAGUCCUCCGCAGGGCAAAGUCAAAGAAUGGUGGCCGCUGUCUGAGAGAGCGUCUGGAGAAGAUUGGCCUCAACCUGCCCGCCGGGCGACGCAAGGCAGCCAACGUCACUCUGCUAACAUCUCUAGUGGAGGGUGAGGCUGUCCAUCUGGCGCGAGACUUUGGUUAUGUGUGUGAGACAGAGUUUCCAGCCAGAGCCACAGCUGAGUAUCUGUGCAGGCAGAGCGAGCCGGACCAGCUCCCAACACGGCGCAGCAUGCUCCUCGCCACCAAGGAGAUCUGUAAGGAGUUUAUGGACUUGAUGUCCCAGGACCGCUCUCCGCUGGGUGGUAGUCGACCCACCCCCUGCCUGGAGCCCGGCGUCCAGGGAAGCCUGACUCACUUCAGCCUGCUCACCCACGGCUUCGGUACACCCGCCAUCUGCGCCGCGCUCUCCGCCUUCCAGAGCUAUCUGAUGGAGGCGAUCAAAAUGCUGGACAAAGGAGAGGGAGGAGGGAAGAGCCACCACGACAAGGAGAUGAAGCACCGCAAAUAAGAGGGAGGACAGACAGACAUGUUGGCGGAUGGAUGAGAGGCAGGAAGGAGGAGAAAAUAGGGUGGGAUAAGACUGACUUGUGCCCCUCUGCGUCUUUACCUCCGCCUUCAGGAUAAAAACUGAGACUCUUACCUCCCAGAAACUCCUGCAGCCCCUCUCGUCGAGGAGGCGGGGUUCAUGAUGAUAUCUGUACUGUAAUGUGUGUCCACAACCACCUCACUCUAAAUGACGCAUGGACCUCUCUUCUCAGUAGCUGGUUUGUGUCAAGAUGGCAUCAACAAAGCAUCUCCUCAGGAUGAGUUCCUUCAUAUGGCUGUAUGCUUUUAUUUAUCCUCCUCCUCCUUCUUUUUCUUCCUCCUCUUCCUCUUCCUCUUCUUUAAAUUCUGAUGAACAUGUCACCAUGAUCUGUGUUCACAAAGCCCUGCCUCCAUCUCUCUCUCUCUCUCCUCUCCUCUUC